CCCUAAUAAAGCGAAAAAAAAUUAAAAUAUUUACAAAAUGGAUGAUUAUCUCAUGCAGCGCAUCGAAACAAUAACGACCAAUCAGAACAAUAUGAUACACAAGUUUGAACUGCUCUCCAAAAGCGUCGACGAAAUGAAAAACAUUUUGUACAAAAUCACAGAUAAAAUUGAGACUUGCGCUAAAUCACAAAAAAUAAACAAUGAAAUAAGCAUUGACAGAGAAGAUCCCGAUGAUUUCAGUGAAAUUAAUUCCUGCCACUCAGUUAUAUCCAGAUUAUCUAUUUCUUCUAAGGUGACGAUGACGACGGGGCUGGACCGAGACACGGUGCGCGCCGCGUAUGAGGACGUCAGGGCCGACAGCUCACCCACGGAGUGGGCGGUGUUCAAAUUCGAAGGAGCACGGAUAGUGUGUUCUGGAAGAGGCAGCGACUUCACGGAAUUCAGGACGCAUUUUGCUGAUGAUGAGCGCGCGUUCGGAUACCUCAGGUUACAAAUGGGCGACGAGUUGUCAAAACGGAAGAAGUUUCUGUUUGUGACUUGGGUGGGGCCCAACGUGUCUGUGAUCAAUCGAGCCAAAAUGUCCACCGACAAAGCUAUCAUCAAAGAUAUCAUAUCAAAUUUUGCAGUGGAACUCCAACUUGAGAGUCAAGCUGAAAUAGACAUCGACCAAUUCAGGGACGCGCUAAACAGAGCUGGUGGUGCCAACUACGGAACUGGCACCAGAGAGUGAUCAUUCUAUAUCUAAUAUUAUGCUGAAUUUACCAAAUUCAUAAUACAUAAACCGACUAGCCUAGAGGCAGAGAGAGAGAAAAAU